AUGCCUACACUCGUUUUACGCAAGGAGCAGGCUUUGACGGGGGAAGAAGUUUUGCUCUAUAUGGCUAAGUCGCAUUUAGACAUCACUGCUAUUUCAAUAUCACACGAUAUCCACCGUAUUGUGCGAGCGCCAAUGAACCCUUUCUUUUCCAGAUCAGGGCUUCGUCGCGUCGAAUAUAAGGUCGUGGAACGUGUUCGAAAACUAUGCUUGAGGCUAGAAUCGGAAGCAAACACAGGCAAUCCGGUCAAUUUCAACGAUGCAUUCGCCUCCUUGGCAACUGACGUGGCUUCCGCAAUCUUUCACGAAGAACCUAGCAACUUCCUAGAGGAUGAGAAAUUCAAUGCAAGAUGGUGGGAAAUAUUAAGAAUGGGCCUUACGACGGUUCCGCUUCUUGUGGAGCUUCCAUGGAUAGCGCGAGCCAUCACUACACCAGUUAUCAAACUACUUACGGAGAGGUUGACUAAUUGGCGAAUAUGGGAUGACAAAUCCCGGCGACAGAUCCAAAUUACACGAACACGGCCCUCGGCUACAGCUAAAACUCGCUCUGAUAGAACUGUAAUGGAUAGUCUUGUCCACGAUACCCAGGUCACAUCAAUCCUUGGAGAAAAAGGCUUCGUGCGUUUAUCCCAGCUUAUCCAGCAAGCUGGGACGCAUAAUGUAUCCAAGACGUUGGCUAUCAUUGUCUACUUUUUGCUGCGGCAUGAAGAUCAGCAGGAGGCGUUACGCAGGGCUCUGGAGCCGCUUUUUGCAGGCGAUGCAGCCCAGGCCGCCCCUUCCCUACAACAAAUGGAAAGGGUGCCGUAUUUGACAGCAUGUAUAAAAGAGGGGUUGAGGCUAGCGGCCGGGAGCCUAAAUCGAUUUCCACGGGUAUCGCCCGAUGCAGAGCUAAGCUUCAAAGACUGGACAAUUCCAAAAGGGACUGCCGUCUCCAUGACCCCCUACUGGAUACAUAUGGACCCUGAAGUCUUCCCAGAUCCUGGAAGCUUCAAUCCGUCGCGCUGGCUUGCAGAUCCAGCGAAGCUGGCAACCAUGCAUCGCCACUUCGUCCCCUUUUCCAAAGGGUCACGAGCAUGUUUGGGGAAAGAGUGA